GUGGGUUUUCCCUCAAGUUUUUAAAGUCGAUGAUGGAAAUUUUUCAAUUUCACGCCCACUGAUCCUACCGCGUUGGUUCCCCGAGACCCACGGUCCAAUUCUAAAGCUCCCAUUCACCGAGCCCGAUCAAUUUAUUAGCAGAUUCGAAGCACCCCAACUCAGGGAAAGAAUAUUCCAUUUUCCCCCUGAAUCCUUGGCCGUUCUCAAAGCCAGAGCAAACACAGAGCACAAAACCAACAAAAUCUCCUCCUUCCAAUCCCUAUCCGCACUCGUCUGGAGAAGCACAACACGAGCCCGUGGCCUAUCCCCGGAUCAAACCACCGGGUGCAGAUUGGCAACAAACAACAGAUCGAGGCUAAAUCCAUCGUUACCUGAAAAUUACUUCGGGAAUUCGAUUCAAGCCAUAAGAGGGGUUGCGACAGUAAAGGAGCUCCUGGAAAACAAUCUCGGAUGGGCGGCGUGGAAAUUGCACGAGGCUGUAGUGAGCCACGACGACGAGAAGGUGCGAAAUCACGUGAACAAGUGGCUGGAAUCUCCGUUCGUGUAUCAAAUCGCCCAAUUAUUUGAUCCGUUGAGUGUGAUGAUGGGAAGCUCCCCUAGAUUCAACAAGUAGGGGAACGUGUUUGGAAUGGGGAAGGCCUUGGCUCUUCGAAGUGGGUAUGCGCAUAAAUUCGACGGGAAAGUAUCUUGCUUCCCAGGAUCUGAAGGAGGCGGAAGCAUGGAUCUGGAGCUGUGUCUUCUACCAGAUUUCAUGAGUGCUCUUGAAGCUGAUAAUGAAUUCAUGAAUGCCGAAUGUAAGAAAUUGGUUAGUUUUUGUGGUUUUUAGUCUCCCACGAGCCCAAAUAAAGACUCCAUUUUUAACGUUGUUGAAUUAUUGGACUCCCAAAAGGGAGGGAAUUUACAAUUUUACCAUUUUGAAAGCAAACCACAUCUCGAAUUCCAGAUGGAGUGCCAAAAAGUCUUUGUACACAGCCGUCACUAACCAAUCAGAUUCAGCGUACAGAAGAAGACAAAUUAAGGCAACUUAGGCAUUCAAUCACCGCAGUUGAAUUACGACACGUGUGUUAAAUUGGAGAUGGAUAUUUGUAAUCUCGGAUCCAACGGCCCAAACAAACCGACUUGAAUAUAAGAUCACGCCAGAUGCAGGCAUGUAAGAAAGCCUUCAGCUACAAGUUUCCGGUUUGGGCGCACAUUACAAAUACGAACCAAAAAAAGACGCCUUGUUUUACGCUGCCGCGAAGGCAUAUUUAUGGAAGUUCUUCAGCCUUUCCAACCGGCUUCUUCCUCCUCCUGUCUCCUUCCCGGUUGUUGUUUUUCCCCCUCCGAUGAGCAGAUCCUCUGCUUCUACCUCCCCAACAAGACCACCGCAUCCAUUUCCCCCAAUUCGCUCGCCAAUGGCGUUUCCCCCGGCUAUAACUUAAUCAAAGACCUCGACCCCUUCGACUACGAUCCUUUCGAUUUGCCGGACUCCGCGUGUUUUUCUUACGGUUCCAGGGGAAGAAAGAAGCACUGGUACUACUACUCAGUAAGUGUUUUUAGUGAGGAAAGAGGACGGAUAAGAAUGAAGAGCGGGUAUUGGAGAAGAAAAAGGAGAGCGAGAGAGGCGAUUAUCCAUCGAGGAGUUGUUCUUGGGAUGAAGACCAGUUUUGUGUUCUAUUGGGGGAAUUCGAUCGAGAACGCUGUGAAGACUAAUUGGAUCAUGUACGAGUAUGCCCUAGGCGAUCAUUUUAAGGCUUCUUUUGUACUGCAUCGGGUAUUUUUUAGAGGUUGGGGACAUGGCAUUUCGGGUAAUGGCUUAAGUGCUUAUGGUGACGGAAGUGUCUCAGCAGUAUGUCAUAAUGGCAAUCAGGAAGAUGGAAUUCCAGUAACCAAUUUGGUUGAUGCUGAGCCUUGUGAAGGGGAUACUUUGAACACAACCAAUGGCAUCGCAGGACAUGAAAUGGGUUGUGCGGAGAAGCCAAAUUGUGUGCUCGUUACAGAUCCUGUUACCACUUUGCAAGUCCCAUCAGAAGCUUACCCUUGCGGGAUGAUGGCUCCCUCGCCUGUAACCCCUACUGGUUCAAUCUCUAUUCUGGACGGAGAUUUUAUAGAAUUAAACGAUCUUGAUGAUCAGUUGGAUCCGGAAGAUAUCAGUCGAUGAGUGUUAAUUCUCAGGCUUAUUCCUGCCUGACGUUAAAUUUCAGAUGGGGUACAAAUUCUUCAGGGAAACUCUGUCUCUUAAUGCGAAAGAAACUCUGUCUUGGAGUUAGCAAGAUUGCAUAAGGGAGGGGAGCAAAUUACCGGUUGAGGUAAUAGAUCGCUUUUCUUUAUGCUGUUUGCUUCAGUUUAUUCUUCUCCCCACGUUUCAGGGAAUGAGUAGCUUUUCUUUUUGUUUUUAUGUUUGUUUCAGUGGAUGUAAAUUUGCAAUUGGCUAAAUGUUUGGCAUUUUUGUUCUGAUAAACAAGGGGAUGUUGAUUUAUUCACCCAAAUUGGAAGAAGACAUGAAUGUUGGUGUAAUUAAUGCUAUUCUGCAUCAGCCAUUGAAUUGCUAUUCUGCAUCA